CAUUUUAUCUCCACAAUUUUUCUCAUUUCGUUACUCAGUGUCUUCUUCUGCUUCUUCAAACUCUCUCCCUCUCUCUCAGUUCUCCAAUCUGUGAAAAGUAAAGAAAAAAAAACUCUAUAAUGGCGAAGGCAGUUUUGUUAAUGGCUCUUUGCCUUCUCCCGGCUUUGGCUUCGGCCCGUUCUUCGUUGAAGGUUCCCUUUGAAGUUGAGGGGAAAGUUUUCUGUGACACCUGCCGUGCGGGUUAUGAAACCUCUGCCACCACUUACAUCUCUGGUGCCAAGGUUAAAAUAGAAUGCAAAGACAGGACCUCAAACAAGCUCGUCUACAGCGAGGAGGCCACAACAGACAAAUAUGGAUGCUACAAGCUGUCCAUUCCUGAGGACCAUGGUGAUCAGGUCUGCGAUGCUGUGGUAGUCAGCAGUCCUCAGUCGGACUGUUCCACUCCAACCAAAGGCCGUGAAUGUGCUCGUGUCAUCCUCACCCGUAACAAUGGCAUGGCAACUAUGAAACGUUAUGUCAACUCAUUGGGAUUCACUAGGUCUCAUGCCAUGGCUGGCUGCGCUAAUGUCCUCAAGCAGUACGAGGAUACUGAUGAUCAAUACUAGAGAUAUGGCUCGAGUGAAGUUACCAUGAUGAUAUAACUUGGCUUGGCUUGGCUUAUCGUUUUAUAUGAUAUGUAAUCUUUUUGCUUACUUUUUUUCUUCUUCUUAUGGAUUUGUUAGUCUGAAAGUCAAAGACCUUUAAUCUUAUUUGUUAAUUGAAUCUAUUAAGAGAUUAUUUCAGUCUCCAUCGUCCCCGUAUAUGUGAAGUCAUAUUAUUUAAUAAAUUUAUUGUAUUCAUCUUCUAAGCUAUGAAUCAUGGAUUCCAAGGUUUAGAGCUCGAAACAAUUGACAUUUAUUUUAUAUAAUUUUGCUAAAGUUUAUGGUCGA